GUUUCCAACCCGCUCGCUGCAGCCUGGCGUGCUCAUCCCUGCGGCCGCCGGCGCUGUCCCGGCUGCCCCUGAAAUGAGCGCUCCUCGGGUGCCCUCUCGUGGAUGGCGGAGCUAACUGCCUGCGAAUGCCAAGCCAUGGCAACCACCCUCUCGCAGCUCCACCCUCCUGUCCCGGGUAAUGAGACCCUGAAGGAGCAUUACAACUAUGUUGGGAAGCUGGCUGGCAGGCUGAAGGAAGCCCCUGAGGGCAGCACGCUCACCACCGUACUCUUCUUGGUCAUCUGCAGCUUCAUCGUCUUGGAGAACCUGAUGGUUUUGAUUGCUAUCUGGAAAAACAAUAAAUUUCACAAUCGUAUGUACUUUUUCAUCGGCAACUUGGCUCUCUGUGACCUGUUGGCCGGCAUCGCCUACACAGUCAACAUUCUGAUGUCUGGCAAGAAGACAUUCAGCCUGUCUCCGACAGUCUGGUUCCUAAGGGAGGGCAGCAUGUUUGUGGCCCUCGGAGCGUCCACCUGUAGCUUGCUGGCCAUUGCCAUCGAGCGACACUUGACCAUGAUCAAGAUGAGGCCUUACGAUGCCAACAAGAAGCACCGUGUCUUCCUUCUGAUCGGGAUGUGCUGGCUCAUCGCGUUUUCUCUGGGCGCCUUGCCCAUCCUGGGCUGGAACUGCCUGCACAACCUCCCGGACUGCUCCACUAUCCUGCCGCUCUACUCCAAGAAGUACAUCGCCUUCUGCAUCAGCAUCUUCAUGGCCAUCUUGGUGACCAUCGUGAUCCUCUAUGCGCGCAUUUAUUGCCUGGUAAAGUCCAGCAGCCGCAGGGUGACCAACCACAACAACUCGGAGCGCUCCAUGGCCCUGCUGCGCACAGUGGUGAUUGUCGUGAGCGUGUUCAUCGCCUGCUGGUCCCCACUCUUCAUCCUAUUCCUCAUCGACGUGGCCUGCAGGGUAAAGGUAUGCCCCGUGCUCUUCAAGGCGCAGUGGUUCAUCGUGCUGGCCGUGCUCAACUCCGCCAUGAACCCAGUCAUCUACACGCUGGCCAGCAAGGAGAUGCGGCGAGCCUUCUUCCGUCUGGUCUGCACCUGCCUGCUCAGGGGCCCGGGUACCCGUGCCUCACCCACCCAGCCCGCUCUUGACCCAAGCAGAAGCAAAUCAAGCAGCAGCAACAACAGUAGCCACUCCCCGAAGGUCAGGGAAGACCUGCCCCAUGCAGCCACCUCAUCCUGCAUCACUGACAACCAACCAUUCCAGAAUGGGAUCCUUUGCCGGUGA